AUGUCCCAUCCCAUCCUAAACGCCAUCUUCUCCUCCCUCGCCCGCGACACCCGCCGCUGGACCCUCCUCCGCACGCUCAAAAGCGACAACCCCCUGGAUAUCCAAGGUGAACUUCGCGGAACAGCAAUCUUCACGGCUGCCUCUCCCGCCUCGUCGUCCUCAAAUUCCAAUGCAAUCAAACCCAGCGAAGCGUCGCUCGAAACUCGAGACAUGGUCUACCACGAAGAAGGCGACAUGCCGGCUCAACUCGGGGUCGGACUGCGCUGGACCAAGAAGUAUAUUUGGCGAAUUAGUGAAAGCGGUCCUAUCAGCGUAUGGUUUGUGAAAGUUGGGUCGGAUGAUGAGCCGGAUUACCUGUUUCACGAGUUUGAGUUUUCCUCGUCGUCUCCGGCUUCAGAUCAGCAGGGCCAGGGGGAGGGACCACGAGCAGAGGAGACGUUUGUGACGCCACCGGUUCCGCCUGUUGUUGAGGGGUCGUCGUUGUCGCCGACAAAGGUCAUUACGGCUCAUGGUAAUCACCUGUGCAUUAAUGAUAUGUAUCGCACGGCGUAUGCAUUUCGGGUCCACGAGGAGUCUGGGCAGGUGGUGAGUUGGGCGAGUCGGCAUGUUGUCAAGGGGCCGAAGAAGAACCAGGAUAUUAUGAAUUUGUAUCAGCUUGUGGGGUGA